AUGGCUGGCACCGGCAAGACCUUUGUGGUGGAACAUCUGGACCCUGAGCUCGAGGAAUGGUCAUCUCUUGAGUACUCCAGUAUCGCGGCGGAGUCACAUGCAUCCGGCGCACAGUUCUUGCUGUCUUCAGUGCCGGCUUCGUUGAAGCUACCGGCCAACCUACAGGGCGCAAAGGGACUCAAUGUCGAGACAAGAGGUAUUGAGGAAACCUAUGCGGACAAGAAAGACAAAGUGUGUCUGCUGGAUCCUGCCGCAGCCAAGGACUUGAGUCCAGAAGAUGGCGAGACUUUCGACAUUUUCUUGUUCGGCGGUAUACUUGGAGACGACCCACCACGAGACCGUACUUCGGAGCUGCGCAAGAAAGGAUAUCAAGGACGCCGCCUGGGACCAGUACAGAUGACGACUGACACAGCAGUACGUGUCACGAGGAUUUGCGUGCAAGACAAGGUACCCGUCGACAAGAUCCCGUACAUCGACCAUCCUGAUCUCAAGAUCAACAAGAACGAGAGCACGCAAAUGCCGUUCCGCUACGUCAAGGACGACAACGGGGAACCGAUCAUGCCCAAGGGAAUGCGUGAGCUGAUCGUCAAAGACUCAGCCAAGAGCCUGAACGAUCUCUUCUGA